UCUUUUCAAACCGACUUCUUUUACUAACCUUGACAAAUUUGAUUCAUGUUAUUACACAUUGCACUAAACUAUCUAAAUUUCACAGAAAGUACGAAUUUGUUGGUAUUUCCAUAUCUCCUCGAGGUCAGACAUAUGUGCCUUCGUGUACAGUUGCUAGCUGUAGCUUCAUAGUGAAAAGAUGUGGUUUAUGUGUUUAUUAAUAUUAUUCCUCAUUAGCGGGCUUGAUACUUCCGAGAGCAGUGAUAGUAGUGAAAUCAUAUUUCUAGAAAAUGAAAACGAUAAAAUGUUUAUACGGUCUGCAGAUUGUGUGUGUGUGCCAUAUUUUAAGUGUAAAGAAGUCGUCGAAGAUGGUGUUGGAGUCAUUAAUAUACGUACUGCCAAUCCGUGCAACACCUUAGAGGUUUGUUGUGGUGCUGGGAACACGACAACCGAAUCUAUUAUUCCUAAAACAAGAUGGACCGGGCAGAGACCCUGCGGUAUAAGGAACAAAGAAGGCUUUGGCUUGCGUAUUACAGGCAUUGAAGAUAAUGAAACCCAGUUUGGAGAAUUUCCGUGGAUGGUUGCUUUGUUUCGAACGUCUACAAAUAAAAGAACAAUGGAGAAGACAGAAACGUACCAUUGUGGAGCUUCCCUAAUUCAUCCUCAAGUAGUUUUAACAGCCGCUCACUGUGUUUCCGAUAAAGCAUACAAAUAUCGAAUUAGAGCGGGUGAAUGGGAUACCCAUACCACUAACGAGCUGUUCCCGCACCAAGAGCGCGAAGUUAAGGAAACAAUUAUUCACCCACAAUAUUACAAAGGAGGAUUCUUUUACGAUUUUGCUUUGCUGAUACUUGACUCCCCUCUUGAGAUAUCUGAAAAUGUAGAUGUCGUUUGUUUACCUGACAAAACUAUGAUACCACAGCAGGUGUUUUGUUCUGCCACGGGGUGGGGUCAAGAAGUGUUUUCAGAGGAGGGAAAGAAUCCGGCCAUAUUAAAGAAAAUCGAUUUACCCAUAGUUGAUAGAGAUAAUUGUCAAAAACGGCUUCGUAAUACUCGCCUGGGUGCCCAAUUUAAGCUGCACGAGACGUUUAUAUGUGCAGGUGGUGAAUUAGGUAAGGGCGCGUGCAAAGGAGAUGGAGGAAGUCCUCUCGUUUGUCCAGUAGAUGACGAAACAGAUAGAUUUUAUCAGGCUGGAAUUGUUGCAUGGGGUAUAGAUUGCGGAAAAGAAGAUGUUCCUGGUGCGUAUGCUGAUGUAGCAAAGGCGAUGGACUGGAUUGAUGAUGUCAUGACUCGUCAUACAUUUGAUAGGUCUAUUUAUCGUUAUGGAAAAUGAACUACGUCAAUCGUAAUGCCUUAAACUUAUCUUUUCGGUUAGUAAAUCAAAAACUUUAUUUAUUUCUUCACCGCGAUUGACUCAUGUGAAACGCACGAAUGCAUGUACUCGUAUAAUGGAUCCUUUUACAGAUUUGCUUUGCAGUAUGACACAAAUGUAAUUUUACAUUCUCGAUGCUGUAUAUGGUCUCUAGUCUGAAUAAAAAACUCACAAAAGGUG